AUGGGUGAGGCUGGUAAGAGGAUGGUUUUUGUGACUGUUGGGACAACUUGUUUUGAUUCUUUGGUGAGAGCAGUAGAUACGCUUGAAGUUAGACGAGCAUUGUUUGAGAAGGGCUAUACCGAUCUUGUUAUUCAAAUGGGUCGGGGUUCCUACAUUCCCACAAAGUCUACCGGAGGAGACAGGUCCGUUUCUGUGGAUUAUUUUACAUUUUCAUCAAGCAUAGCUGAUUAUUUGAAGUCGGCAUCUCUUGUAAUCAGUCAUGCAGGUUCAGGGAGCAUAUUCGAGUCACUGCGGCUUAAGAAACCUCUUAUCGUUGUCGUUAAUGAGGAUUUAAUGGACAAUCAUCAAAGUGAGCUGGCUGAAGAAUUAGCUGAGAGAAAGCAUUUAUUCUGCGCUCGUCCACAGACACUCUACAUGACUGUUUCCUCAAUGGAUUUGGGUUCUCUUGUGGAUUAUGAACCUGGUGAUGCUACUCCAGUGGCUAAUUUUAUUAAUAGGUUUUUGGGUUUUGGUGAUGAGUGA